UUACCUUACCUAGGGUUUCAUUUUGAGUUUGGCAGAGAGAGAAGAUGGUCAAGUUUCUGAAGCCAAACAAAGCCGUGAUCUUCCUGCAAGGGCGAUACGCCGGCAGAAAGGCGGUGAUCGUGAGGUGCUUCGACGACGGCACUCGCGACCGUCCCUACGGCCACUGCCUCGUUGCCGGGAUCACCAAGUACCCGAAGAAGGUGAUUCGUAAAGACUCCACCAAGAAACAGGCGAAGAAGUCCCGCGUCAGGACCUUCGUCAAGCUCGUCAACUACAACCACAUCAUGCCCACUCGCUACACGCUCGACGUCGACCUCAAGGACGCCGUCACGCAGGACUGCCUCCAGUCCCACGACAAGAAGGUCUUCGCCGCCAAAGAGGCCAAAGCCCGGUUUGAGGAGCGGUUUAAGACUGGGAAGAACCGCUGGUUUUUUUCCAAACUCAGGUUUUGAGUUAGAUUCGGUGUUUACUGCGUUCUCCAAAUUCUUUCAAUCAUAUAUUUUUAAUAGAUUGUUGAAUUUCAAUUAUAAGCUAUGAACUUAAUUGGUAGUAUUUCGUAGCUUUGUUUUGCUCUUCGUUUGAUCAUCAUCUCUAAAUGCCAUUGUGAUGGAAUUGAAGGUUUAUUCAUUAUAGCUCUGUUUCACGGCUUUCUUCAUUCCAUUUUCACAAUUGUUCUUGUUAUUGGAACUGUUGUUUUGGAUUCAUUUGUCAGUGCUUUUGAAAAUGCAACUUAAAUAACCUUAUUCAUGUA